CUUAUUAAAUAGUGAUUGAUAUGUGAAAAUACUCAUACGUGGUAUAGGUUUUGCUGCAGUAAUUUCCACUCUUAAUUACCUUUACAUACUCUAUCGGAAUGAAUCUGCAAUUUUCUGAUCACUCGCUAGAAGGGGCGGACGUGGUCAGUUAUGAUGCUAAGGAGCAUGAACAGAAGUAUGUGAGGGACUGUCUCAUCCAGACCGAGCCCAGAGUAUUCGCAUCCAGGGCAACCCAGAUCAUAAGAAGGAAGGAAAUUCAGAUUCAGACGAAUGACGACAGCCGUGACCUUGACCCAGAUCUGGUGCCACUCAACCAUCCAAGUAUGCUGAAGUUCUUGACUUCGGUCGAAGAUUCGAUAUUUGAAGCUCUAGAAGAGAACUUGACCUCUUACCAUUUUGCAGGCUACGAAGUCGACUGGAGUGAGGAUCAGGAAAGUGAAGUGACCUGUGUGAACACAUUCUACGCCAGUGAGUCAAUACUGAACACACAUUUGAGCUCAUCGCAAAGCAACGCCAACACAGACGAAAGUAAUACUGAGUCUUCUCAAUUCUACCAAUCAAAAACAAGUCAUGGAGAUGAGGAUGAUCUUAGCACAAGUUCGGCAGUGAUGUUUGAGAACUCAAUUGUGUCCUCUAUUUCGUGGAACUGUCAAGGAAGUCUGUUUGCGGCCUCAUUGGCCAACACGGAACACGAAGACUGGUGUGUUCACAAGUCUGCGAUUGUUCUGUGGAAUAUCGGGAGGACGAAAGUGGAUGCGAAGAAACCACACAAUACCAUCGAGUGCUCUGGAUGUGUGACGGAUAUUUGUUUCCACCCCUCCAACCCGGCACUGUUGGGAGCUGGCUCAUUUAAUGGGGAAGUUUUUGUGCUGGAUCUGAGCAGAGACGAGUCUAGUCAACUGGUGGCCAGUGUGGCCUCUCUUCACACUGAACCCAUCUGUACAGUCCACUGGAUCAGGGAUCCAGAGUCAAAUACACUACAUGCUCCAUAUAUGCUGGUGACUUCGGGACAAGACGGCAAGAUUCUAAUGUGUUCUUUGAACGAAAUCAGCAGACAACUCACACUAGUAUCGGGACAAGUUCUGCUGUCGGAGAGCAUGUCCAGAUCCAGCAGCAGUCGAAGUGCAAUUUCUGAUGCUGUUUUGGGAGUGUCAGUGAUGUGCAGUUUCUCGCUGGAUCCGACCUCGUUUGUACUGGGAAGCGAGACAGGGGGAGUGUUCAAGUGCUCAUUCAACCACACACCCAACAGCCGAAUAGUUCACAGUAUAACCCAGCAAGACGUCCAAUUCAGUUCUGCAGCCCAGCUGGGCUUAGAGAGCCACUUGGGUCCGGUGACUUGGAUCUCAGCCAGUCCCUUCCACUGGAAGAUCAUUCUCACUGCGUCCGCAGACUGCACUAUUCGACUGUACAACACUCUUCAGGUUGAAGCGUGUCUGGUAAUUAGAACAAGCGAGCCAAUUAGUUGUCUGGACUGGUCUCCGGUUCGCCCAAUGGUGUUCGCUGCAGUCACCACCCACAACCACCUGCUCCUAUUCGACCUCCUCAGCAGUCGUAGCUCCCCCACUCAUCAGGUGUCAAUGCACCCCAAGGCCAGAACUGCCACUUCAAACUUCGGAUCUGUUGUGAAAUUCAACCCCAAAAGAUCUGACCUAGCAAUAACAGGCGAUUCUCUCGGUCAGAUCAAACUAUGGUCUAUUCCACACCUAUUGACCAAGACAAGCGAGUCAAAUGAACUAGAACUUCUUGAGAAGAUUUGCUCCAUUGACAACAGCAUCCACUGAAUGGAACACAAGACGGAACAAUGUUCUCUGUUUAUAUCGAUCAUUUAAAUUGAAUGAAAAUGUAUAUGAAAACCAGUGUAAAUUGUUAACUAAUGUAAAAAUGUAUGAUAAAAUUGAUAGAGAUUCAUACUUUUUAAAUAUUAAUUUCUUCAAUUUGAA